AUGUUUAACACUAAAUGGCUUGAGAAAAAGUUGUAUUCAACUGUUAGAGUUAAUCCAUCUAUAAAGCUUACUACAAUAUGUGAGAAACUGCAUGAGAAAUAUAAUACUAGUAUGAGUAGGACAAAGGCUUAUAGAGCAAGGAAGGCAUCACUUAAUUAUGUUGAAGGUACAUUCAAGGAAAACUAUCUUAGAUUGUAUGACUACAUACAGGAGUUGCUGAGAUCAAAUCCAAACAACACAAUUAAGUUGAAAGCCCAACCAACUGCGGAAAAUGAGCAACAACAUGAGAGCUAUAUUAGCAAACCAUUAUUUCCAAGUUUUCAGCGACUAUAUAUGUGCCUUGAUGUUUGUAAGAGAAGUUUUAAAAUUUGUAGACCAAUCAUUGGAAUUGAUAGAUGUUUUCUCAAGGGCCAUUAUGGAGGACAAAUUCUUAGAGCAAUAGGUAGAGACCCUGAUGAUCAAAUGAUUCCCAUUUCAUUAGUUGUGGUUGAAGCAGAGACUAAAGACUCAUGGCCUUGGUUCCUUUAUUUUCUAGUUUAA